AUGGGCAACGUCGGACGCUUCUUCUGCGUGGCUCUGCCCAUCGCCCUGACGGCAGCCAGCUUGAUCGCCCUGCUCGUCGGCGGCCUGGCCGGCAUCGGCAACACGGGCCUGUACAUGUUCGACGUCGACCUGAAGAACAUGUCGAUCAGCCCGGCCGAGAUCACGAGUCUGGUGGACAAGGUGACCAACAAGCGCCAUGUGGCCGACCUGUUCGAGUCGGCCACCGCCAACGUGGACGCCAGCAGCGCCCCGGCCCUGACCAACAACAUCACCUACCCGGACCUCUCCCUCGCCGAGAGGUACCAGAUCAACGUCUGGAACUACUGCUACAAGGACGCCGAGGGCAAGACGCAGUGCACAAAGGCCAAGUUCAACUGGGCCCAGGACUCGCUCAACAAGUCGACCUCCAACGUCGAGGCCCUCAUGACCCUGUCGGGCCAGAAGGUCCAGCUGCCCAAGGAGAUCAAGGACGCCGUCAGCCUCUUCACCAACAUGAUCAAGUGGACCGAGGUCGUCUUCAUCAUCGCCUACGUCGCCCUCGGCGUCGAGCUGCUCAUGGGCGUCUUCGCCAACUGCUCGCGCGCCAUCUCGUGCUGCACCUGGGUCUUUGCCGGCUUCGCGACCGUCGCCGUCAUCGCCGCCGCCGGCAUGGCCACGGGCGUCUCGCUCGUCGUCGUCGGCGCCGUCAAGGCCUCGGCCAAGGUCUACGGCGUGCAGGCCGCCCUCAACAGCCGCUUCCUCGCCGCCGUCUGGAUCGCCGCCGCCUUCGCCCUCGCCGCGGGGCUCUUCUGGAUGUUCACCAUCUGCUGCUGCAAGCCCGACCACUCGAGCCGCAAGAGCCGCGGCGUGCGCCACCGCGACGCCGCCGACGACGGCGAGAAGCUGAUGGGCGGCGGCGCCAACGGCCAGUACCAUCCGCUCAACGACCAGCACAACAACGGCUUCUACAACCGCCAGAGCGCCUACGCGCCCCAGGCGAGGUAUCCCAGCGGCGGCCGCACCGACCUCGCCUACGAGCCUUACUCGCACUCGCGCUACUGA